ACUUCAAGGAUUGUCAUGACGUCAGGAUGGUAGGACCGGAUGAUUUCAUCAAGUCUCUCAGACAACAACUUCAUUUUGACAAGACUGCUAGCGCCGAAAAACUUCACAAGUACACUGUCACCAACGGAGAGCAACGUUGGCGUGCAUGCAACGUCAGAUUCUACUAACCAUCGACUUGGAACGCCACGAGUCUAAUUACUAUAGAUCUUUCGGUGCGACCAAUGUUUCCCAGGAAUCUCCAAAGUUUAGCGAUCUCUAUCUCGCCUGUCAUCGGGACCCGAAAUGCUGCAACAUCAUGCUUGACGAGAGGACAAUGACUCACUACGGUUUUACUCGCUGCGGCGCCUUUCCCCCUGUCAUCAAUGACGACUGUGUUGCACUGUCGUCGCUGACGAGUGAUCUCAUCGUCGUGGUCUACGCUGGUAACAGAGUCAAAGCUCGCUUCGCGGUUGGGCUUGGGUACUACCUUGGCAAACAAUGGGUGCAUGUUGUGUGUGACGAGGCAGGGGACAGUAAGCCGGAGGACUAUGCCAAGGAAGUCCAUGCACAACUGUGGAACGCGCGUGAGAAGCCUGCUAGUCACAUGCCUCAUGAAUCACAUCGACUACUCUGGUCCCCUUUUAGAACGGAGGUCGACUGUUACAUCAAGCAUGCCCACCUGCCGCGGUCGAUUUAUGCUGCAAAAAUAAUUUAUGGCGAAUGGAAAGAAGGCUACACCACGGUCACUAUCGACGUUGAACAAUGCACCGGGUGCUGCUAUGGGCCCUUCAAAUGGAGGACCACUGCGAACGCUACAGAUUGUCUUUACAUGUCCGGUUUCUUGAAAAUCGAUAGUGCCUACAACCAUGGACACUGGUUACUUGUUGAUGGGGUUGAAGUACAGCUUCUCGAAUGUAUUUCCCAGAAGAUCGCACUUGGCGACUAUGGCGAUUGGGAUCACGACAACGAACGCUUCAGACGUGAUGGUAAUAUCUUCGAAGAUAUCCCUUCUCUGCCGGAUCAACUCGGAAUUGACACAGAGAAUUCCGCUCAUCGCCCAGUCGAGCGAAUGAUCUCCGAUGUUAAUGGGACAGAUGACGUCGUAAAAACAUUCACUGGUUUAUCCACUAGCCCUGCUUUGGUAUUGCGCCGACCGAUCGGCUUGUCACUCCCAAACAGUCUACAGCUUGUUCAGCUCCUGAAGACCUUAUCUACGCGCCUUGCGGACAAAUACCUAGUGACGACAAUCGUGUUAUGCUCAGCAUACAGUACAACUAAUUCCAGCAGUGAGCGGGCUGAGAAGAAUAAGCCAGCUGAGAGCAGGCCCUCUGGGACUCAGUCCCCGUCUACAAAAUUAUGCAACACCGCCAUCUUGUAUGGCAUUGCCCAGCCCCAGGUAUGGCGUCGAGAUGCAGCCGAUAACGAGAGGAAGGAUUCGUUUGAAGAAAUUCGUGAACAAUUCCAUGCUCUACUGAACUCGGUACGUUUUCCCGGAAACCACUCGACGGCUGGCAAGUCGGGUGCCGAGGCUAAGAAAUUUUUCUCGGAUAUGUUCGGUGUUGAGUAUUUGCGAAGCUAUGUUGGUGAUAUCACUUUCGAGGAGUUCACAUCGAUUUUAGAACGUCAUUCAAGCCGCGGACCGUCAACGCCAAAAGAUACACCCCCGGCAAAGUGCGGUAAUCUGGCUGAUAACUUCGAGGCAGUGCAGGAUCCACGCGUUGACGCUGUGGUAGAGAAAAUGCUAAAGGUUAUGCGAAGGGAGAGGCCAAAUCUUGAACCUUCCAACAGGGAAAAAAUAAAGCGAGAGGCGGUAUCAAUAUCACAAACUCUUGGAUUUAGGGUGCUUAAGGAAUUCGUCGCUGCCGAUGCACGCCUGCACUGUAGUUCAGCGGCACAUGACAAGGCAACAUGCAACGUUGACUAUGACCGCUACACCACAGGUAUCAGUUCAGGGUUACAACAAAUAGAAUCCUCCCAGGCGAAACUCGAUGCGUCGAGCGACGAGGACGAAAAACGAGCACUCGCAGAAGACAUCACGGGAAAGAUUCUAUGGCUGUGCUGGCUGGGUAUUUUUCUAGAAGUGGGUCACGUGCCAAAGAAGGUUAUCGAUCGUAUUGUAAGAGACAAAAAGGUGUCUUACCAAGUGGCGGAGACGCGAGGGCGGGCCCUGCAUGAAAACAUAGAGAUAUUCCAAGAAGCACUUGCUGAACCUGUAAAAGACGAUCAGGCUCACUUGCGGCGGAUCAUGGCCGAUGCAGAAGCAGGCACUUCGAAAUACGACUUGCUGCAUUCUCUCUGAGCUGGUUUCGGGAGGUCACAAGAAAUUAGAGUUACCGCAGACACGUGAAACUCACGUACUCCUCCAGCUGUGCCUGUACAGUGU